AUGUCGAAAAUUCGGGCGACCUGCCCCGUUUUCCGAGUCCUUAUUAUCGGACGAGCGAACGCAGGGAAGACAACGAUCCUCCAAAAGGUAUGCAACGUCGACAAGGACACCGAGCCUGUAGUGUACGACGCAGAUGGGAAUAAGGUAUUCUCGCUGUCUUACUGUUGGCGACAGCGCGGACGCCAUGAUAUCACGAAUCAGAUCACAUACUCAGGCAGUCGCUUUAUCUUUCAUGAUUCGAGGGGGAUUGAGGCUGGCUCUGUCAAUGAGUUCCAGACCAUACACAAUUUUAUACGUGAGCGAGCGUCCAGGCCUUCGCUAGCAGAGCGCUUGCAUGCCAUCUGGUUUUGCGUCUCAAUGGACAACAUGCGUCCGUUGGUUGAGGCUGAGCUCGCGUUUUUCAACAAGGAUACUGCAGAUGUACCGGUGGUAGUGGUGUUCACCAAAUAUGAUGCACUGCUGGAUCGGGUAGCCAAUGACCUCGAUAUUAUUGAGAUGACAGAGCAGAGCCAGGCCGAUGUCGACAAGGCAGCAGAGGCCAGAUAUCAAGAGCAUUAUUGUAGCCGCAUCAUGAAGACUGUCAAUCCACCCAAAGCCACUGUGAGGCUCCAGAGAAUGGACAAAGCUGAGACACAGUGUCCAGAACUGUCUGAGCAGACAGCUGUGGCAAUAGACGAUCUGUCUCUACGCCAGCUGUUUGUCUAUGUGCAGCAGAAUAACAUACAUCUGUGCAUGCAAGAAGCAGCAAGGCAAGUGCAUGUCUUGAGUCAUAUCUGGUUUUUGUCUGUUAAUAGUGAUUUAGAGUGUCAACACAAUCAAAUAGUAUAUCCACAGUAA